GCGGCAUGUGGCGGGGGCUGCCGGUGCUGGCCCUGGCCGGGCUGCUGCUGCUGGGCCGGGCGCCGCCGGGCCGGGGGGCGGCCUGCGAGCCGGUGCGCAUCCCGCUGUGCAAGCCGCUGCCCUGGAACAUGACCAAGAUGCCGAACCACCUGCACCACAGCACGCAGGCCAACGCCGUGCUGGCCAUGGAGCAGUUCGAGGGGCUGCUGGGCACCAACUGUAGCCCCGACCUGCUGUUCUUCCUGUGCGCCAUGUACGCGCCCAUCUGCACCAUCGACUUCCAGCACGAGCCCAUCAAGCCCUGCAAGUCCGUCUGCGAGCGCGCCCGCGCCGGCUGCGAGCCCGUCCUGGUCCGCUACAGCCACGCCUGGCCCGACAGCCUGGCCUGCGACGAGCUGCCCGUCUACGACCGCGGGGUCUGCAUCUCCCCCGAGGCCAUCGUCACCGCCGAGGGCGCGGAUUUCCCUAUGGAUUCCAAUAAUGGCAACUGCAGAGGUGCUGCCAUGGAGCGCUGCAAGUGCAAGCCUGUGAAAGCCACCCAGAAGACCUACCUACGAAACAACUACAACUAUGUCAUCCGGGCCAAGGUGAAGGAGGUGAAGACCAAAUGCCACGAUGUCACUGCAGUGGUGGAGGUGAAGGAGAUCCUGAAAUCUUCCCUGGUGAACAUCCCAAAGGACACUGUGAACCUCCACACCAACUCUGGCUGCCUGUGCCCACCCCUCAGUGCCAAUGAGGAGUACAUCAUCAUGGGCUACGAGGAUGAGGAGCGCUCCAGGUUACUCCUGGUGGAAGGCUCCAUAGCUGAGAAGUGGAAGGAACGUCUUGGCAAAAAGAUAAAGCGCUGGGACCAGAAGCUGCGGCCCCGCUCGGAGCCGGCUGUGACACCCAGGACAGCAGAGCUGGCAGUGACAUCGAGGGCAGGGGCAGCAGAGCUGGCAGUGACACCCAGGGCAGCAGAGCCGGCUGUGACACCAAGGGCCGGCUGUGACACCCAGGACAGCAGAGCUGGCAGUGACAUCGAGGGCCGGCUGUGACACCCAGGACAGCAGAGCUGGCAGUGACACCCAGGGCUGGCUGUGACACCGAGGGCAGGAGCAGCAGAGCUGGGAGUGACACUGAGGGCCAGCUGUGACACCCAGGGCCCCAGAGCUGCUGUGACACCCAGAGCUGCUGUGACACCCAGAGCUGCUGUGACACCCAGGGCUGCUGUGACACCCAGAGCUGCUGUGACACCCAGGGAUGCUGUGACACCCAGAGAUGCUGUGACACCCAGAGCUGCUGUGACACCCAGAGCUGCUGUGACACCCAGGGAUGCUGUGACACCCAGGGAUGCUGCCCUGCCCGGGACUGCCUGCCGAGGUUUCCUUCUUGGAGCAGCAAAGGAGAAAUUGCACUAUUGCACGUUAUAUUCUAUUGUUUACUACAAAGUCGUGUUUUAGCUCUUGUUAGGUUUUAUUCUCCCUCUUUGUUCUCCACCUUUUUCUUUUCGGAUAUGUGCAAGGUCUGGAAAUGUAUAUUUUUUUUGGUUUUUUUUUCUGUUGUUAAGAAAUGUAGAAGACUGCCCUUAUGAGAUGAAGGAAGACAAGGAUGUGUUCAAUUUAACUUUUUCUCUCCUGAAUCUUCUUUGGGAGAGAAUUCUGAUGCAAGCAGGAAUGAGAUCUGGCAAAGAUUAUUGCUUAAAGUCAUGCCUCACACUGGCUUUGCCUGUUGACUCUUUCUUGGUCACUGUUUGCUGAAACUUGCUCUCUUUUGGGUAGGUUGUUACCUGGCUUUAAGUGUAUAAUUUUUUAUUCUGAAAUAUAAUUCUGAAAUACGUAAUUUUAUUUUUUUUUUUGCUAAGAGAACUGUUUGAAUCAGCACAGCUCUGUUAAGUUUUCUUACAGAUAAACCACUUGCACAAGGCAGAGUCUAACUUUAAAUAUUUCCUGCAACAAACACAAUGUGCAUGUACCCAGGGAACUGGGUUUUCCAGUGCUUUGGGCCUUGAAGGAAAUAUUAUCUAGUUCUGUAACCAUAAUUUAUAACUAAAUUUAUGCUUCUUCUCUUAUAAUGGCAGUUUUUUUCCCCUUUUCUCAGCUGAGUUAUAGGAGUAGCCAGACCAGGCCUGCUUCUCAGCACAGGUCUGCAGUUUAGCCUUUUGUUUUUGUGGUGUUGUUCUUAAAUCCGUGCCUACAUAAACAAGUGUUCAAUGCUCAGUAACAUAUGUCAAAUAAAAGAAUUGUAGUUCCCAACCA